AAUGGGCAGAAAUAAAUUGGGGUGUGCCAAAAUUGCCUCACGAACUCUGACAAUGAAAAAGAAAGUGUUAACAGUUCAUUUCUAUGAUGUUCACCGGGGCUGAACCCGAUGAGGCAAAAUCUUGGGUUUAAUCGGUCAUUGAUCACCUUCACUCCAUCUUUCGCGUCACCUGAUAGUCCCAGCACUGAUCAACCUGCGCUUGUCCAAAAAGAAAAAUGGGUUUCGUUCAAGGAAGUUCAGAGUAUAUGAUUGCCAAUCAAUUUCAUGGAUGCUGCCUAACAUUUUGAAAUACUGAUCGCAUUCGGCCGAGUCUGCCAUUUUCUAGCCCAACACACGGCAUGAAGCCUUGAAUUUUCUCAAGUAUAUCUUGUUCAAACUGGUUAUCCAGCUGGAGUUUCAAUAUCCGCCAGUCUUGGCUGUUUAAUGCCAAAAUCUGACUUUUGGUGAAGAAAAUUCAACGAGAUAUACGAGUAUAAAGGCACACCAAGUGUCUAGCUUCUCUUUACAGAUAAAACUGUAACACCAUGAACUUCCUCCUUUCCUUCUGUUUUUGCCUCUGCACUUCUCUCUUGCCCUCCUUUGCAACCCCCGCCGUGUUAUUCCAGGGGUUCAAUUGGGAUUCAAGUAAGAAAGGAGGAUGGUACAACACACUCAAGACCUCCAUUCCUGAACUUGCUGACUCUGGCAUCACCCAUGUUUGGCUUCCUCCUCCUUCUCACGCCAAUGGAACUGAGGGAUACUACCCUGGAAGGCUGUACGAUCUCGAUGCUUCGAGCUAUGGAAAUAAGGAUGAAUUGAAGUCCCUAAUUACUGCCAUGCAUGAGAAGGGAAUCAAAGCCAUAGCAGACAUUGUGAUAAACCACAGAGCAGCUGUCAAACAAGAUGAGAACGGAAUAUGGAGCAUCUUCGAAGGCGGAACAGCGGACGGACGUCUUGACUUCAAUGCCUCCUUGAUUUGCAGGGAUGACAAUGACCAUCCUUUUGGCACUGGCAACCCAGACACCGGAGACAACUUUCCAUACACAGCUGACGUGGACCACACAAACCCUAGGCUUCAAAGUGAGUUGUCGGAUUGGAUGAACUGGUUGAAAACCGAAAUAGGGUUCGACGGAUGGAGGUUUGAUUAUGCCAUUGGAUACGGCUCUAGCUUCACCAAGCUCUACAUGGAUAGAACUUCACCAGAAUUCGCAGUUGCCGAGUACUGGCGUUGGAACAUUGCGAAAGGGCAGGACGGUAAACUCGAACAGAACCAAGAUGCACAUAGGAAUGAAAUAGCUAGUUGGAUUCAGGCUGCUGGGGGUGUUGUCACGGCAUUUGAUAUGACAACCAAGUAUAUUAUGGAUGUUGCUGUGGUGGGUGAGCUAUGGAGGUUGAAGGAUUCAAAUGGCAAACCACCAGGGUUGAUUGGGAUCAAGCCAGAAAAUGCUGUGACGUUUAUCGACAAUCAUGACACUUGGUCUCAAAAACUCUUGCCUUUCCCAUCUGAUCAAGUCCUGCUUGGAUACGCUUACAUUCUCACCCAUCCUGGGACCCCAAGCAUAUUCUAUGAUCACUUCUUUGAGUGGGGGUGGCCAAAGGAGCCUAUACGCAACUUGACUGCAAUUAGGGCAAGGAAUGGGAUCAAUUCCAAGAGCAGUGUGAGUAUCUUAGCUGCCGAGGCUAACCUGUAUAUGGCCAACAUUGACGACAAGAUUAUCAUGAAGAUUGGUACAAAGUUGGACCUUGGAGACCUUGAUCCCACAAAGUCGAACUUCCACGUUGCCACCAGUGGACAAGACUUUGCUGUGUGGGAGAGAAACUGAACUACAAAAACUCUCAUUUCUGUAAUGUAUUAGAAUAAAUAAGGCCAAUCUGAUGCCAUUUCUUCUCCUCCAGGAAUAAGGUGGAUGACAAUUACAAAUUCUAAAAUUUAAAUCCCACUUGAGGCUUGUGUAGCUCUACCCUUCUUUUUUUUUCUGUUCCAAAGAUGCUCGGUACUUCGAGUGUUCUUUACUAAUUGAACUACGAGCUUCGUGUGUGUGUUUUAGUCAA